GUUCAAGUACCUUCCAGAAAUUUGUCAAAAAAAAUUUUUUUGUAUUUUAUUAAAAGGUCAAAAUCUAAAGGCAAGUGAACUGCCGCAAAACGAUGAACUCGAAUACUUUUCAAAUUCAAAAAAAGCCCAAAUGGUCCGCGAAAUUUCAAAAUUAUUGGGUGAUAAAGGAUUACAAAAUGCAGCGAUAAUAGCAAAAACGGAAAUUGAUCAACUUUUUAAUACAACAGAAAAUCGGCUUUUUAGGGACUUUAAGGGUGAGGCUUAAAUCAAAUCACUCAACAUCGAAUUUUCCAGCAACCAAUUUUCUUUUCUCCACAAUGGCUUGGAAUGAACUUUGGCGAUCUGAUCGGCAUAUUAAAACACUCAGUUAUUCAGCAUUAGCCUCGACAGCUGCAACACGCUUUCUAAGCAACAAUUCAUUGAUUAAUGUGGAUCAAGUUCGAGUUGGACUUGCUGAUAUGUCUUUACACAAAACUGUUUUGGAACAACACUGUCCUACUAAUGGGAUUUCCGAAUGUGUUCCUGGGAAGUACCGUUCAUAUUCCGGCCACUGCAACAACGUUCGCGAACCUCUUUGGGGUGCUGCUUACGAGCCCUUAAGAAGGUUGAAGCCUGCUAAUUCAGGUAUUGAAAAGCCUCGACAAUUAAGUAAUUCCCAAGGAAAUCCUCCAUUGCCUAGUCCAAGAUUAAUAUCAAAUAAAUUAUUGAAUGGAUCAACAGCUUCAACUAAAAAUCAAAAACAUUCGUGUUCUUUACUUUUAGCCCAAUGGGCUCAAUUUAUUUAUGAAGAUAUUGCUAGGAUUGGAACGAAUAGAAUAUUUUCUAGUGCUCGAGGCCAAUGCCUCCCUUAUGCACGUUCAAUGGCAGCUCCACGUUUAAACUGUUCACUCGGACCCAGAGAACAGGCCAAUUUAGUUUCUUCAUUUAUCGAUGGUAGCCACAUAUACGGCAGUAAUGAAGACGAAAUAUCAACUUUGAGAACGUUUUCGAACGGUCUAAUGAAAACAAACCCACAACCUUCUAGACAAGAUUUACUUCCUCCAGAUUUGGACAACAUUGUGUGCCAGUCAACUUCAAGUUUUAGACCUUGUUUUUUUUCCGCUUCUAGAAUGACCAAUCUUUUGCCAACAGCGGCAGCUUUACAUACUAUUUGGGUCAGACAACACAAUCGGCUGGCUAGGAAUCUUAAGAUAGUAAACCCAAUAUGGGAAGACGAACGCCUUUUUCAAGAAGCACGUAGAAUAGUUAUUGCACAACUUCAACACAUUACAUUCAACGAGUUUUUGCCUAUCUUGCUGGGGAAGGACAGACUACGAGAAAGCGGUCUACAACUUCGCAGGAACACAUUUGACAGCGAUUACAAUAUUAAGACAAACCCUGGAACUUUAAAUGAAUAUGCCUCUUCUGCCGGUCUUUUCUUCUUUUCACUAUUUCCCGGAACUUUGGGCUUCACGGAUUCUAAGGGAGAGAUAUCACAACAACGAGCAAUUGGAAAUUUAUUUAACGAUCCUUCCUCAAUUUAUCAAAAAGGCCGUCUAGAAGGGAUUAUUAGAACAUUACUACACGAACCAAUAACUCGAUUAAAUACUCCACAUAUUGAUGUUGAAUUUCGUGACAAAUUUAUGCGUGGACCAGAUAAAUAUGGGGUCGAUUUGGCUGCAAUGAUUAUACAAAUGGGGAGAGAUCAUGGGUUGGAUAGCUUCACUUCCUGGAGAAAAUUGUGUGGAUUAAGUCGUCCAACAUCCUUCACAGAAUUACCCGACAUUUUCCUUCCGGAAUCACCUUUGGAGGAGUUUAAGUCAAUAUAUCCACAUGUAGAUGACAUUGACUUAUUUGUUGGUGGACUAGCAGAACGCCCGCUACCUGGCGCUUUUUUGGGGCCUACAUUUAGUUGUAUAAUUGAAAGACAGUUUGAAAGGCUUCGACAUGGAGAUCGUUUUUGGUACGAAAACUUCUUUGAACCGUCAGCCUUUACACUUAAACAGCUAUCAACAAUUAGGGAAAGUACUAUGGCUGGUGUUAUUUGUGAUAAUACUGAUGAUAUUGGAAUGAUUCAACCUAACGUAUUUCAACAGGCUGAUAAUUACUUAAAUUGCCCAAUAGACUGCAACACAACCUCAAUCAUUCCUCGCUUAAAUUUGAACCAUUGGAGAGAUGAAGAACACCGCAGUCAAUUACCCAUAACUAAAGAAACGCUAGAAAAAGCUGUUCGUCUAGGGGCUGAACAAUUCAGAAGAUUACAAGAGGCGGAGAAUGGGAGACUUAAUAGACAACCUAGACCAACUGGAGAUUUACAUCAAAUUCCAAGUGCCCUAUUUACUCAUGCGUCUUUAAUGGCUCCAAAAAGGGAGUCGCUAGAUAUUGCACUUACUGCUGGUACAUUCUCUGGAUGGUGCAAUAACCUCCAAUUUCCUCAUUUUGGGAAUGCUUUUGAACCUUUAAGGCGGAUUUUAGAUCCAGUCUAUGAUGAUGGCUUCGAUUUACCUCGAACCAAAGGGAGAAAUGGAAAGCCUUUGCCUUCGGCACGACAUGUUUCCAAUCUGGUUCAUUUGGAGGCAUUACCUGAAAAUGAAUCUGAAUCUCGUUUCCAUGUCAAGUUUUCUCACAUGGUUAUGCAAUUUGGACAAAUAUUGGAUCACGACAUGACACAUUCUCCUGUAGCUAGAGGUCCAAACAACGCAAUACUUAAUUGCAGCCGUUGUGAUUCCUUUGACACACUCUCAGUUCACUGCUUUCCUAUUCAAAUCGACCCUAGUGAUCCUCAUUUUCCUGGACGUCAUUCAGAUGGAUCACCUCGAUGCAUGCCGUUUACACGUUCAUUGCUUGGGCAACUAACUCUUGGUUAUCGAAAUCAACUUAACCAGCUGACAUCGUUUCUUGAUGCUUCCUAUAUUUAUGGGUCUACAGAAUGUGAAGCCAAUGCCCUCAGGCUAUUUAAUAGAGGGAGAAUGAAUUUUACAAAUUUGGGUUAUAAUAAACAGGCACUUCCACAAGGCCUUCAAGAGAGAGAUUGUCUUUCUCGACCCCAAUUUUCUUGUUUUAAUGCUGGUGAUGAACGAAGCAACGAGCAACCUGGUCUAACCGUUCUACACACAAUAUUUCUACGCCAACACAAUCAAAUAGCUUUGGCACUUAACAAAAUUAAUAAUUUUUGGUCGGAUGAACAAAUAUUCCAGGAAACUCGAAGGAUUUUAAUUGCCAAACUUCAACAUGUUGUUUAUAAUGAAUGGUUGCCCGUUGUUUUAGGAUGCGAAUUAAUGGCUCGUUAUGAUCUUAUGCCAAGAAAAAGUGGCUAUUAUGAGGGAUAUGAUCCGAAUUGUGAUGCUUCAAUUUCACAGGAAUUUGCCACCGCAGCUAUGCGCUUUGGACAUACCCUUAUAAGAAAUGUAUUCCCUCGAAUGAACUCUUCAUAUAACCACGGCUGGGAAGGAGUUAAACUCGAGACGACCUUCAACAAUGCUUCUCCAAUAUAUGACGAAAAUAAUGGCCAUAUGGAAUCUAUAUUAAUGGGACUGCUUGGAUCAGCAGGAAUGGACUAUGACCGUUUCAUUGUUGAUGCAGUACGUAACCACCUUUUUCAAAGGCCUGGUGGCCCCUUAACUGGACUUGAUUUACCAGCAGUUAAUAUUCAGAGAGGAAGAGAUCAUGGCAUUCCUCCCUACAAUUCCUAUCGCCAAAUAUGUGGGUUCGAAAGGGCUUCAAGCUUUGAGGAUUUGUUGGAUACUAUGGAUGAAGCUGCUGUUAAUGCACUCAAAGCAGCUUAUGCUAGUGUAGAUGAUGUUGAUUUGUUCCCAGGGAUAAUGUCCGAGAAGCCGUUGAAAGGCGCAUUGGUUGGCCCGAUGUUAGCGUGUAUUUUAGCUGAACAAUUUCAACGAUUGAAGAGAUGCGACAGAUUUUUUUAUGAAAAUUCUGAUCCUAUUAAUAGAUUUACUCCAGGCAUGAUCCUCUAA